AAAACUUUUUAUUUUUUCUUAAAAAUAAAUGAAAUGACAAGAAAAAAACAAUGAGAGACAGAGAGCACAGAGAGAAAAAUCUCUCGUGGAAAUCUUCCUUUCUCCUGACCAAAAAACCCUAGCUACCUCCGUCUGUCUUUCUAUUCAAUUCAGCCCUAUUUGCUCAAAUUCAUCAUUAAAUAUUCAAAUCCAUACGAACCCCAUAAUUUUCCCAAAAUAUAAGGGUUAUUUCUCCAACAGUUUAUCUCUCAAAGCUUGAAACUUCGCUAAAAAAAGAUCGAGACUAAUAGGGUUUUGAAACUGAUAGAGAGAAGAAUCAUGUACAAAGAUCGAGGUGGGUUUGGUGGCGGGUCAUCAAGAUCGGAGAUUGUUGGAGGACCGCUUGAUCGAAAGCGUAUAAAUGAUGCGCUAGACAAGCAUCUAGAGAAGUCUUCUCCUUCAACUUCGAGAGGAUUGAAUAAUAGUAGUAAGGAUAAAGAAAGAUUGUCUGUUCCUUCUACUUCCACUGGUAAAUCAUCACAGCAUCAGCAGCAUCUUGAACAUCAUCGUGCUGAUUCCCGCUCUGCUUCGCUAUCCAAAAACAAAUGCUCUGAUGAGGAAUCUGAGACAGACAGUGAGGAGUCUGAUGUUAGUGGUUCUGAUGGAGAUGAUACAUCUUGGAUCUCAUGGUUUUGCAAUUUGCGUGGAAAUGAAUUUUUCUGUGAAGUUGAUGACGAGUACAUUCAGGAUGAUUUUAAUCUUUGUGGAUUGAGCAGUCAAGUUCCAUACUAUGAUUAUGCACUUGAUCUUAUAUUGGAUGUUGAAUCUUCUCAUGGUGAUAUGUUCACCGAAGAACAGAAUGAGUUGGUGGAAUCCGCAGCAGAGAUGCUCUACGGUCUUAUUCAUGUGCGUUACAUACUUACUAGCAAGGGGAUGUCUGCAAUGUUGGAGAAGUACAAAAACUAUGACUUUGGGAGAUGCCCACGAGUUUAUUGCUGUGGACAGCCCUGCCUUCCAGUUGGUCAAUCAGACAUUCCUCGUUCUAGUACUGUCAAAAUCUACUGUCCAAAAUGUGAAGACAUCUAUUACCCUCGAUCCAAGUAUCAAGGCAACAUUGAUGGAGCUUAUUUUGGAACCACAUUCCCUCACCUAUUUUUGAUGACAUAUGGACACCUAAAGCCACAGAAAGCAAUACAGAGCUACGUUCCAAGAGUUUUUGGCUUCAAACUCCACAAGCCUUGACACGGAGAUGCAAAAAUUUGUUUGAGGUCUCCCAUGGUUGACAGUUUUUACUUUGCCUCGUUUGUUUGUUUAACUGCAACAACUCUUAACAAGCAAGGUGAAGGUGCGCAGCAAACGAUUCUGGAAAGAUCACAAUUAGAUUCAAAUGGAAGUGUUUAAAAUGCGAUAUGGGCCAUUAGUUGACCCACCUAAGUUUUUAUCUGUGAAUUUAACAGAGCAUUUGUAAGCUUUUCUUUUCUUCCUUUUUCUCUCUCUAUGAACUUGAGAAUUAUUUCAAAGUGUUUUGCAUUGUAGUUCUCCCAGCAUCCAUCCCCUUUUUUUAUGAUCAUGGUGCCUUACUAUUACA